UUAUAAUCAUGGCGGCACUCGCAGUGGCAUUGCUAGGUUUCCUGGUUUUAGUAAAAUCGGCACCAGUGCAGCAGCAGAAGGAUGAGUUUGACCCGGCCUUUCCGGAAGAAGUUCCAGGAAUGUGGGAGGGAGAUAUAAACGAACCACUGAUGUUUAACCCAAAGCAUCGCAAUGCCAUCCGCAAUCGUGCCUACAGAUGGCCAAACGGAAUUGUGCCCUACCAUAUCAGCUCGGCAUACUCUUCACACGACAGAGCCACCUUUUUAUCUGCUCUCCAAAGUAUAGAGGAGUCAACUAAGGUGAAUGGCCACACCUGCAUCCAUUUCGUACCAAGGACCAAUCAACACGACUACAUAGACAUCAGGCGGGAGACUGGCUGCCAUUCCCCAGUAGGCCGUCAUGGUGGCCAUCAGGUUAUCUCCCUUGGUCAUGGCUGUGAGAGGAAGGGUACGGCGGAACACGAGGUUCUCCAUUCUCUGGGCUUCUGGCACGAGCAGAGUCGCUAUGACAGGGACAACUAUGUCAUCGUCCACUGGGACAAUGUCCAACAUGGCAGAGAACACGAUUUUAACAAACACAGUUCCUCCGAUAUGGACUUGCUGGGCCAGCCAUACGACUAUGGCUCAGUAAUGCAUUAUGGAGCUUAUGCUUUUGCCAAGGACAGAUCCAAGCCGACCUUGACCCCGAAGAAAUCCGGCGUAACCAUUGGGCAGCGUGUUGGAUUGAGUCGAGAGGACAUCAAGAAGAUUCAGCUGCUUUAUGGAUGUCACUAAGGUGAGAUGUAAGGCUCCAUAUCCGGCAAAGAAGCUCUGGUGAAAUAUUGUGAAUAAAGGCUAUCGUAAAUCAACACUCCGUCA